CGGUGUCGUUAGAGUAGGACACAAAACAAGUUCACUACUCUAGUGACUCCCUCCGUCCCGCUUCUCCUUCGUUGUUGAAGCUGCUGCUGCUGCUUUCACCACCGACUCGUCGUGCUCCGCUCUGCUCAAAUUUUCCGCCACCAUGAAGCUCGUCAGGUUUCUGAUGAAGUUGAACAAUGAAACCGUAUCAAUCGAACUCAAGAAUGGUACCAUUGUUCAUGGCACCAUUACAGGUGUUGAUAUCAGUAUGAAUACACAUUUGAAGGCAGUAAAACUAACACUGAAAGGGAAAAACCCAGUGACUCUGGAUCAUCUUAGUGUGAGAGGUACCAACAUUCGUUAUUAUAUCCUUCCUGACAGCUUGAAUCUUGAGACUUUGCUGGUUGAAGAGGCACCUAGAGUCAAGCCUAAGAAGCCAACUGCUGGGAAGCCUUUGGGGCGUGGGCGAGGCCGGGGUCGUGGACGUGGUCGUGGUCGUGGUGGUCGUUGAAUUGCAUUUCCUCAAAUUUGUGGUUGUGUUGUAGGGAGAAUUUGUGUGCUGUUUUAUGGAUAUCAAUGGAAUGUUCUUGCUGAUUAUUCACUUUGACUUUGUUUAUGAUGUUAUUUCCUUAUACAAGUGCUUUCAAGUUUCUUCUGUACAA